AUGGGUUCAGGGUCAGAAGACCAGAAGUCCUCUGCUGAGUCCAGAGUGUCCCCUCGCAGCUCCUGGCUGGUCUUCAGGAGAAACUCCAACAAGGGGGUCCACCGGAGAACUAAAGGAUCCAGGAGAACCUCAAAGCAUGGUCUUCCAGGACCUCCAGGACCAGCAGGACCAGCAGGACCAGCAGGCCCAGCAGGCCCAGCAGGCCCAGCAGGACCAGCAGGACCAGUAGUGACCCAGCAGCAGGACCUGAUUCAGGAUCUGAGCCUCAGACUGACAGCAGAGCUGCAGUGUGACCGUCCUCCACGAGUCUCCAAGUCCUUCUCCAGACGAGUCCUUCAGGACCUGCUGGUCCCCCGACACAGUCUGCAGGAGCUGCAGCUGUACAGCAUG